AUGUUGGCCUCUGUAAUUCUGCUGUGCUUUUGCACGUACCUGUUCUUUCAGUUCAUUCAAAUCCAGAGGCCCAAAAAUUUUCCACCUGGUCCCUCACCUCUCCCUUUAUUUGGGAACCUGCUGCACUUUGACUCCGGAAACCCUGUGAAUGACUUUCAGAAGCUGGCCAAGCACUAUGGUAAUGUCUACAGUGUGUUCUUGGGCCACAGACCAGUUGUCAUCAUCAGUGGCCUAAGGGCCUUGAAGGAGGCUCUGGUGAUCAAGGCUGCUGACUUUGCUGGACGACCCCAAGACCUCAUGGUUAAUGCCAUAAACCAAAACAAAGGAGUGAUUCUGUCAGACUACGGUCCUGGUUGGAGGGAGCACAGACGCUUUGCUUUGAAGACUUUGAGGAACUUUGGCCUCGGGAAACUGUCCAUGGAAGAGAGAAUUCUAUCAGAAACACAGAACUGCAUGAAACAACUGGAUGAAAGUGUCGGGAAAAUUUUGAAACCUGAGAUUUUGUUCCACAAUGUAGCAUCCAGUGUAAUAUGCCCACUCCUGUUCGGGGCAGACUAUGCCUGCAAUUAUGAUUCCUUUACAAAACUACUUCAUCACUACACAGAGGCUGCUAGUCUCAUCAGUGGACCAUGGUCUGUGCUGUAUGACUCCAUUACAAUGAUCCGCCACCUGCCGCUGCCCUUCAUGAAGGCCUUCAAGAUAGCUGAGUUUGGUCAGGCUCUGUCAAUGGAUCUGGUCACCAAGCACAAGAAAACCAGGGUUCCUGGAAAACCACGUGACAUUUUGGAUUGCUACCUUGAUGAACUGGAUAAGAGAGGGAACGAUGGUUCAACCUGGUCAGAAGAACAACUGAUAAUUUUUGCUCUGGAUCUUCACUUUGCUGGAACCCACACUAUCUCUAACACUCUGCUCUUUGCCUUCCUAUAUCUUAUGACCCACACACAGGUUCAAGAACGUUGUCAGCAAGAGAUAGACAAGGUAUUAAUGGGCAAAACUCAGGCCAGUUUUGAGGAUCGACAUAAAAUGCCCUACACGCAGGCUGUGAUCCAUGAGGUCCAGAGAGUAGCUAGCAUCGUCCCCCUAAGUGUUACCCACUGCACCACAACUGACACAGAGCUCCAGGGAUACUUCAUACCUAAAGGAACUAUGGUCAUACCCAACCUGACAUCAGUGCUGUUCGAGGAGGAACAGUGGAAAUACCCUCAUGAAUUCAACCCUGAAAAUUUCCUCAAUGACCAGGGAGAGUUUGAUAAGCCAGAGGCGUUCAUCCCUUUCUCUUUAGGUCCUCGUGUAUGUCUCGGAGAGGGCCUGGCUCGUAUUGAGCUUUUCCUGAUCGUGGUGACGCUGUUGAGGAGGUUCCAUUUCAUCUGGCCAGAGGACGCAGGACAGCCAGACUUCACCCCCAACUUUGGGAUCACGAACAGUCCCAAACCCUUCAGCAUGAGGGUCCAACUCAGGGUUAUCCAAUAA